GAUAUAAAUAUCUCAUUUUCUGAUCAUCUAAACCACAAUUUUCACCACAACAAAGAUGGCUAGCUCCAUCAACUAUCUCUCAUGUGGCCUUGUCAUUCUUUUUGUGUUAUGUCAGUCUAUGUACUUGGCUUCAUCAACUGAUCAUGACUAUCCUGUUAAUGUGUGGCCUAAGCCAAGAACAUUUUCUUGGCCUAAUCCUCAAGCAAUCUCUCUGUCUCCAAUUUUCGCCAUCACCUCUCCUUAUCAUCAGUACCUGACACCGGCAGUUAAGCGUUAUUUGAAUCAGAUUCUGACGGAGCAUCAUCGCCCUCUUGUCACUCCUGCCAUUAAUCUUACUUCAGCAUUGCCUCUGCUAACGCUGAGCAUAUCGGUGAAUGACCUCGUUGCACCUUUACAUCACGGUGUCAAUGAGUCGUAUGUUCUUAGUAUUCCCGCGUCAGGCCCUGUGGCAUACUUGGCCGCGGAGACUGCAUGGGGGGCAAUGAGAGGCUUGGAGAGCUUCUCACAGCUGGUGUGGGGAUAUCCGUCGAGAGUGGCUUCGGAUGUUUACAUCUGGGAUGAGCCAUUGUAUGAGCAUAGAGGAAUAAUGUUGGAUACCUCAAGGAACUAUUUUGGAGUGGAUGAUUUGCUGAGAACAAUUGGUGCUAUGAGUAUGAAUAAAUUGAACGUUUUUCAUUGGCAUAUUACUGAUUCACAUUCUUUUCCUUUGGUUUUGCCUUCAUUGCCAAGUCUUUCAGAAAAAGGAGCUUAUGGACCUGAAAUGGUGUACACACCAGAGGAUAUUAAGACUGUAGUGCAGUUUGGGAUGGAAUAUGGUGUCAGGGUUGUGCCAGAAGUCGACAUGCCAGCACAUACUGCAACACUAGCUGAAGUGUACCCAGAAAUCGUAACAUGUGCAAACAUGUUCUGGUUACCUAAUGGAGCCGACUGGCCUGACCGCUUAGCAGCUGAACCAGGAACUGGUCAUCUCAACCCCCUGAUUCCCAAAACAUACGAAGUUGUCGAAAAUCUUAUUCAUGAUGUUAUAUCAAUGUUUCCAGAACCAUUUUAUCACGGAGGAGCUGAUGAAGUUGUCCCAAAUUGUUGGAAACAGGAUUCCACAAUUCAAGACUUUUUAGCAAACAAUGGUACACUCAGUCAAAUACUAGAGAUUUUCAUCAACAAAACUUACCCAUAUAUUGCAUCCGAAAAUAGGACAGUAGUCUACUGGGAAGAUGUUCUACUGGACGCAGAAAUUCAUGUGGAUGCCUCAUUUCUCCCUAAAGAAAAUACCAUUUUACAGAUAUGGACUAAUCCGGGUAAUGUUAAACGCGUUGUAUCUGCUGGAUACAGGGCAAUUGUGUCGACAGCAGAUUUGUAUUAUUUGGAUUGUGGACACGGUGAUUUUGUUGGUAAUAACAGUUUAUACGACAAGCCACCAGGUACGAUGAAAGCCAAUGAGUCCGGGUCAUGGUGUGGACCAUUUAAAACAUGGCAGACUAUUUAUAAUUAUGAUAUAACAUAUGGAUUAACCCCGGAAGAAGCUAAGCUUGUUAUAGGAGGAGAAGUGGCAUUGUGGACAGAGCAAGCUGAUCCAACAGUUUUGGAUCCUCGGAUUUGGCCAAGAUCCUCAGCCAUGGCUGAGUCCUUGUGGUCAGGGAAUACGGAUGAUAAUGGAAUGAAGCGGUAUGGAUUUGCGACGGAUAGGUUGAAUGAGUGGAGGUACAGGAUGGUGAACAGAGGGAUUGGUGCUGAACCAAUUCAGCCACUUUGGUGUGUUAGGCAUCCAGGCAUGUGUAAUGCUGUUCAAGGUUAAUGUCACUUGUUUUGUUCGUUUUAUCUGCAUUAAAAUUUGUGUUGUUCUUGUCUGGAUUUUUUGCAAAGAUGAUGAUUUUUUGUAUGUGUUCAGUAAUGUGUUGUUUUGUGACAAAUGAGAGUUCUAUAUUAUCAAGUACUUAAUUUUA